AGAAUCAAAAAUUCACAAAUUUUAACGAGUUUCGAGGAUUUGGCUAUGCUAAUGAACUGAAGCAUCCGAAUGUGAGAGAAGACGGUGCAGAAAAUGAGUUAUCUGUGAUGAAGAAUUUAUUGAUACCAGUUACGCUAGGUCCAAAAAAGUUAUAUGCUCGCUGA